AUGGCGCUCACGCGGUCGCGCGCUACGACGCCUACGAUGGUGCUCCCUGCGACCCCCGCAAUGUCAGUAACGAUUCCAAUACGCUUCCAGUGUCCGCUGUGUCUCGACGUGCUGCGGCGCCCGAUUCAGCUGCCGUGCUGCCAGCGCCAUUUGUGUCUCGAGUGUUUCAAGCGGGCUUUGGAACUCACGAGCGUCAAUUGUGGCUUCUGUAGACGUCGCGUCGUGGGCUUUGCUCGCACGAAACAGUACAAAGUCGACGAUACCUUGUGGACGGCGAUUCAGGCCACGUGUCCGUUUCUAAGACGGGAGUCGAACAAGGACGAGCGGGAGCCCUUGGUGGAUUUUUUCGACGAAGAUGCACCGCCGCUGCACAGUGUUAGAAAUGACGCUGUUUCUAUAACGGACGGCGUUUCUAUAACGGAUCGUGAGACGACUAGAGAGCUCCAGGCUUUCUACGACCGUCCAUUGCAUUUACGCGACGUUGAAGACCAACGUGCUCUGGAGCAGACGCUCGAGUUUCUGCAGCACGAUCUGGAGUUUACAGCUGCGUUGGCUGCCACGUCGUCGAAAUCGUCGUCUUCGAGGUCAUUUGAGCGCUUGUUGACCGAGAAAAGCUGUGAACCCAAAAGGACAAACGGCUCAAACGUGACGACAGCAGUGGGCGCGAAGCGUGCUAGGACGCGGUCGACUGUGACUUUUGCAUCUGACGAGAAGCAAUCGAAGCUGACCCACUUUUUCGUGGCGUCUCAAGCAGAUUCCAGCCAUGCAGAAGAUACGCGACAGAACCAGCGAGGCACUUGCUCGACUCGUGCUGAAGCUGCAUCACCAUGUGGCACUCCGGUGCACUCGGAGAUGAAAGAACCGACGAGAACGUACUUUCUCCGCAGUGCCUCGCAUAGCCCUCGUCCGACAAAAAGGCGACGGCGACGACCGGUGGAAAGAUGCAAGCCACUGCUUCAGCUUAAGCUCGACACGACGAACUCGUCAGUUGCAUUACACACCCGCAGCCGGGAUCCAACACGUGCUCACGCGGUCAACUCGAAAACGUUGGCGCCUUGGAGGAUGCUUACUCGCCAACGUCGACGGCAGAGUUCUUGGAAGUGUGCGCAAUGCACGUACACGAAUACUUGCUUCGAUAAACGGUGCAGCAUGUGCCGUAGCCUGUCUCGUCUUGAGACAGGAGCUUCGUCUCACAGCUCGCAGUAA